AUGGGCGUUCUACAAAGUUUUGGACUCGGAUGUGGACUGGUGACCAAAAAUUAUCGGUUUAAUUUUCUCGUUUGCUUCAUCUUGAAACAAAUCGAGAAUGUUGUGUUUCUGAUAAGUGGCAUGAUAAUGCUUGGAGAUGACAUUGGCGCAAAGAUAUUAGAAGUGGAGCCGAGAAUACCCAGCUACAAGAAAUGCGUCAGAAGAAUUGGAUUGGAUAUGGGUUAUUUGGAUCAUAUCUCGGACCUCUGUGCUGUGACCAUUACAAGAAAAGGCAAACGCAAAACUUUUGAGACGGUUGAUAUUAAGGUGAAGAUGGACUGUGAUGGCUGCGAAAGGAGAGUAAAGAAUGCUGUUUCUUCGUUAUCAGGCGUGAAAACGGUGGAUGUAAACCGAAAACAAAGCAGGGUAACAGUGACAGGUUAUGUGGAACCAAAAAAAGUCUUGAAGAAAGUCCAGAACACCGGAAAGAAAGCUGAAAUGUGGCCAUAUGUACCCUAUAAUCUUGUCUAUUACCCUUAUGCUCCUCAAGCUUAUGACAAAAAAGCCCCUUCAGGCUAUGUUAGGGACGUUCCUCAAGCAUUUCUUAGUCCUAAUAAUCCCACCGAGAGGCUAACUACUCUUUUCAGUGACGAAAAUCCAAAUGCAUGUUCGAUUAUGUGAAUGACACCUUGUCAUACCAGGUAGCAUUCUUGAGUUAGUGUAAGUGAUGGAAUACGUAGAACUUCAUAGUUUCUUGUACGCU